UUGUUGCUAUGAUGUUUUUUUUCCUCUUAUUUAAACUCAUCUUUUUGCAAGGCAUCAAUAUAUAUUGUCUCUUCAUAACAAAACUCAUAUUGAGUACAAAAACUAUAAUCCGUCAUUUCUCCAUGGAUCCAGAAGCUAGCAAUAUUGAAAUUGGCAAAUAUACUGAUUACAAAGGCAGGACAGCAGAUCGAAAAAAGCAUGGUGGAAUAAUAGCUGCUUUCAUUGCAUGUGUUGUAGAGAUAAUGCAGAGCUUGAUCAUCAAUGGCAAUGCACAGACCUUAGUCGAUUACUUUUUCAAGUCGAUGCAUUAUUCAGCUGCUGAUUCUUCAAAUAUGGUUACCAACUGCAUGGGAACGGCUUUUGGACUGAGCAUUAUUUGGGGGUUUAUUAGUGACUCUUACCUAACAAGAUUCACUAUAUGUGUAUUUUCUUGUGGUUUACAACUUAUGGGACUACUCAUGCUUACAUAUCAAACACAAAACCCUAAUUUGCAACCAUUAGAAAAUAAAACACCAUCAUAUAUUCAGGCACUUUAUCUUUACACCGGACUUUACAGUGUAGCCAUAGGAAUUGGUGGAAUCAGAUCUACCUUGGCUGUACAUGGUGCUGAUCAACUUGAUCAAACCAACAAGAGCCUUAUUUCCUCUUACUUCAGUUGGUAUUUUUUUAGUAUAUGCAUAGGAGGUAUUUUUGCUACAAGUGUUAUGGUUUCACUUGAACAAAAAUAUGGAUGGAGUACAAGUUUUAUAAUAAUGAUUUUCCUCUCAACUUUAGCACUGUGCGUUCUUUUGUCUGGAUUUUCAUUCUAUAGAUAUAGACGCCCUGCUGGAAGUCCUAUGACUCGGGUCGUUCAGGUACUUGUUGCUUCAAUGAAAAAUACAAAGGUCUCAACUACUGAAAAUUUGAAUCAUGAUAUCACAGAACAAUUACUUACCAAGGAACAAUCCCAUGAUAAAUUCAAGUUUUUGAACAAAGCAUUGAUGGACCAAAACAUUAGUGUUGCUCAAGUUAAGGAAACAAAAACUUUCAUAGGACUUCUCCCAAUCUUUCUCACAGCAAUCAUGAUGAACUGUUGUGUUGCACAACUCUUAACAUUCUCAAUUCAACAAGGGAAUCUCAUGAAUAGAAAGAUACUCGAUGUCAUAAUUCCUACACAAUGUUUAGCACUUGCUCCACUUAUUAUAUCACUUACAUUCAUAAUCUUGCUUGAACAAUCGAAACGCAUGAACAAAAAUAAUGGCACAACAACAAACAACAAAAUCUACCAACCACUAUUUAGGAUGAGAAUGGGAUUAGCACUAGUAUCAAUAUCAAUGUUUGUGUCUUCCAUCAUUGAAUAUAAAAGGCUUGAAGCAUUCAAGAAAGGAAAUGCACUUUCUGUGUUUUGGUUAUUGUUCCAAUAUAUUUUAUUAGGGCUGGCUGAUACAUUUACUGUGGGAGGAAUGCUUGAAUUUUUCUACUUAGAAGCACCUGAAAGUAUGAGAAGUAUUAGUACUUCAUUGUCUUGGUGUUCAAACUCUAUGGGAAUGUUUGUGAGUUCUUUGUUGGUGACUACAUGUAAUUCAGUUAGCGGAAGAUUUGGCAGGAAAUGGUUUGGUGGAAAAGACUUGAAUGAUUCUAGGUUGGAUCUCUUUUAUGCUCUUUGUUGUGUUAUCAGCUCUUUUAAUUUUUUUCUUUAUCUUUACUUUUCCAUGAGGUACUAAAUCUCUUGGCAAAUGUACAAUGACAUAUUAUCUAUUAGGCAAUUAAAAAAUAAAUUGUUAUGCUUAAGUGCUAUCCAUUGAUUAGUCACUUAUGUAUUGACCAGUUGAGAAUUGUACAAUUACAUUACAACUAUCUAUAUUGAUUUUAUUCA